GCGAGCGGCGAUGGAUAUACCGGAGCAGCGAAGAAAGCUACAGUCUGGGCUGCGAAGUGUCCAAAGGUCGGCAAUACAGAACAUAAGGGAUCAUCUCAGCCGGUUUCCGAGUGCUCUUUUGAAGAAUAAUGGUGAUCUUGUCACUCUUCUCUGGGAGGUGCUUACCCAGGCUGGCACAAACGCUUUUCUCGCCGCCGCCAGCGGAGACGCUGUGGUAUACCUUGUACGCAAGGGGAGCAUUGACUGGCGAUAUGCUAUGAACGAGCUUCUAGGCCGCUUGCCCACUGUUCCUGAGCUUGCGCUGCCAUUUGUCGUUCGCGCCGUUUCCCAGCUAUUGUUGUUGCAUGUCGAAAGUCAGGCAAAUCAGGACUACCAGUGCCCUUUCGGACUGAGAGCACGGCGACCUCAUCCUUUCGUGAGCAUUGUGGAAACCAGACCCGAAGGAUGGGUGGACGUUCUGCAACAAACUCGUCAGAUGCUGAAUGUUAUGCACAGUGCGACAGACCCACGCCGCACGGCAUCGGUAUUGCCCAAUAUUAUACGCAUGCUUGCGCCCUUUGUGCGAUACGUAUGUGUGAAAACAGCACUUUCGCCACAAGAAGCAGGCCACUAUCAGGGUGUUGUACUGGAGAUGCUGUUGAAUGCUGCAAAAAACACCAGGGACGCUAGCCAAGUAUCUAUUGAACUCUUACUUUCCAUCUUCGAUUCGCUGCCUAUUAUACCUGGAGAUAUCAGUGUAGUGCAAGCUUAUCUCCUCGAGGGUUUACUAACGUUGAUGAAGGAGGCAAGGAAUGCCGAGAAAACGCUGUUUUUGUAUCGGCUACUUCAGAACAUUCUUGAGUGUCGUCACCUUGGACGGUCUGUUUCCUGGGAGUUGUCACUGUUACGAUUGCUUGUAACCGAAGUCGGAAUAGAUCUGAGCGAGCAAAAUGUGGCUUGCGUUCUCAUUGCCGCACUAGCUUAUUGUUUAUAUGACGUUCCUGAGUACGCUGAGGAAGGCGCUGAGUUAGUGGGGCUAAUGUUGCAUGUGGUACGGUCCGUAGAGAUUGACGCUGCAUCGCUGCAGUGUGUGUUGCGAUCAGCUACGUUGCCUCUGCUCCAGACAGCAGCUGAGAGUUCCGACGCACCCACAAGGCGCAAAGCAUUUGAUUUGCUAGUGAUCCUUGAACGCUCUGUGCUCAGGAAGCAACCUGCUGAGAUUGCAGCUCUCCGCAAGACCAUCGAACUUCCUGCCAUGCCAGCAAGUGGAUCGUUUGCUGUAUUGCUUGCCGAUCUCCGCCUAUUGCUCUUGUCAUCUACUGACGAAAGCCAAAUGGCUCCACCAAAGUUCAAAUGUCUCAAUGCAAAACUGGGCAUUCUAUUGUGCACGUCCUUGGUAUUCCAUCCAAUGGAACAGACUCGAAUAGCCGCGCUUUCUGAUAUCGUUUCGAGUGCGACACCUUUCGCAUCAUCAUCUAUGUCGAUCCUUCCAUUACUUCUUUACGCCCUAAAAAACGAGACCUCAGCCAAAGUCCAAGUCCACAUCGUCUUGAGCGCUCUUCCUGCUCUCGUGGAGACAAAUGAUGUGUUUGUAACUGCAGGGGUGUUCCGGGUAGCUCAAUCUCUUCUCGGUGACAAUCCGGAGAAUGCCACUGGAACUCUGGCAUCUCUCGGAAUCCGGAUGAUAUUGGAAAUUUGGAAGCGACAACCGCGGAUUUGGCCUCAAUUCAAAGGACAUCUUAUUGCAUAUCUUAGACGUAGGAGGUACGGCCGUCCCAUGAACUGGUCCAGCGGUGGACGGUGGAUUGAUGAGGUGGAAAUAGAACUCGCAAUGGCGGCAUCAAUGCGUGACGUCUGUGCUAUGAAGGCUGCCGACUGUGGGCAAGAUCUGCUCCCACAGCUGUUUUCCUUGCUUCACUCCUCGGAUCUACACCCUUCGACCAUCUCGUAUGCGAUCCAGUCCAUUAACGCCUGUAUCGAGGCGGACAUAACGGAUCCUCGAGCCGCUUGGAACGUUUUCAUGAAUCAGUUCGUUGACAAGCUGGGUGAUACUGGUCCGGUGAACGUUCUUGUUGAGCUUUGCGAGUUCUAUCGUCUGGUGGCGGUAAAGGAUGAAGCGACUGAUACAUACAUGUUGUUUAAACCCGAAAUAUUGGAAUCGCAUCUCUAUCCAUUCACAAAGCACGCAGCUCAGGAUGUUAGGGAAGCCGCCUUUCGGGCGCUUGCAUGCUUUCCUACGCCAGACCUGUUUCCACUCCUCGGGACCCCCCGCGACGUGGUUUCGGCAAUCGUCUCACAAGAGGAACCACCCUCCACAGCAUCUGAGAUGUUGGCGAGUCUAAUCCGACAUGAAUGCAAGCAUAUGCGGCGCGCGGUUUUCAAGGGACUAGCUGCAUCUGCGGGAGCUCGACUUGGCGGUGCGCUUGAAAGUGGUGCGCAGAGUCAGUUGGAAAAGGUUCUUCGAGAUGUAACUGCAACUGUUCGUAGCACCUGGGAAGGAGGUCGCGCUCCAACAGGGUUACGGUCUGGGUUGGCCGCUUUCGCACUGCUAAGUCCACAAAGUGAUGAUGCCACUCAGCCAAUUAGAGUCGGAGCGAGCCUGGAGAAGAUGCCUUUCUAUCGCAGCCUUGCAGAUGCUCUUCGUGAUUUAUCGCUUGCUGACCACAUUGUCUUGCGUAUGCAAGCAGUUCCUGCCUGGACCUCGUUCUGGGAGUCAUCUCUGCUGUACGUGUAUAAGCAGAAAUUGCAAAGAGAUCAGGCCGAGACUGGCGUUACUAUGGAAGGAGAGCAGGAGAAGCGAAUGCGGGUCCAGCAGCUGGAAAGCAUAGUUGCUAUGGCAGCCUCUGAUCUUUUGCAGAAACGUUUGAGGAAUUCUCGCCUUCCAUCCUUGAGUGUCAACAUCAUUCUGGCUUUCACAGGACUGGUCCUGGCGGCCUCUAGUCUCGGGUUGGUGGUCGCCCAUGAAGAAGCCACCAGGGGAGUGGACUUAUUACUGAAGGAAUACACAGUGGAUCCUACAGCAGAAAGCACAGAUGCCAUAGAGUUGUCCGAUGCACAAAGAAACGAUGAUAUACAAUUUGCGGUCGCUCUGGCCAUGGCUAACAUGGUGAAGGUGCUUCCUCCAAAUGAUGAAAAGCGGACUCGAGCGAUUCUUGAACUGCUCGUCCAAGGAGUGAAUGAAGAACAACGGGAUGGACAAGGGUGGCACCAGUUUGCGUGCGCAUUUGGUCUUCCUAUAGCUGCCUUAUCAACCAUAACAUCCUCUCCUUCUGGUGGACGUGAAGAGCUUCGUCGAGCAGCAUCAUUUAUACUCGACAAGUCUCUCCAUGCAAAUAUCCGACGGAGCGCAAUGAUGGGCUUCGCGACCAUACUCCAGCCCUUGAAGGAUGCAAGUGACAAUAGCGCUGCGGAUGUGGGUCAAAUAGUGAGCGAUGCUGUGGAUUACUUGGAGAAUUCCAUAUCAAUAUUCGAGCGUGGCAUUGAGACGGAAAUGGCACUCGUGGAAGGAUCGGCGUGGAUGGCCUCGGCGGCUGUAGCUGCAGGAUUCACAAGUCCUGAACAGAGUGACAAAAUUGAGGACAUUCUACGAGAAGCUCUACAGUAUAUGGAUGGAAAGCGAUCGCUCGAAGGUCUAUACGCGCAUAUCCUGCUUUCCUACACCCGUGUUAUCCGAGCCCGACAUGCUGCGACUUCACCAGAUGCACUGGCUGCACAGCUUUCCGAUCUCUCCCAAGUAACAACCAACCAAUCUGUCUUCACCUCCACCCGCAUCGCGAACCUGCUAGCCAUUGGCCCACUCUUGGGGAUUGAAUGGUGCAGCAUCUCUUUCGACUCGCAUGAUCAACACGACGUGGUGGCUCUACGUAGAACUAUUGAUACACUUCGGGCACAAGCUGUAGGGCAAGAAUUCAAAGUUGCUCGCAUUGCAGGAUGGGUUCUGGGAAUUCUUUGUUCGCAAGCCGGUAGCGAAGAUGAGAUUCGAAGUAGUCUCAUGAAUGCGGCUGGAGACACAUCCCUGAGGACAAGGGAUCCCCCCAAUUAUAGUCGGUUGCAUCAGGGGUCAAGCUUCCUGAGAGCCGCAUACGACACUCUUGCUGGAAUGAACGCUUUUAAGGUGACUCGGCAAGGCUUUCAUGUCCUUCUCGAUGCUUUCAUUAAUGUGGACAUCGAUCUUCCCCCUGUUGAUUGGAUGCAACCGUUUUCACAUCUUACCGCGUUGGACACUCGUGACCAACUGGAAAAUGAUGAAGAAGGCUUUGCCGCUGCAUGUUAUCUGUUGGCGGCCCGUCAGGCUUCAGCAACCUCAGCCAAGAGCUUUGUGGAGUACUUUGUCACAAAGCUCACAGAGAUGGUUGGACGUGACGCGGGGCUAUUGCCUUCUUGGGAGCGUGAAGCUUUGGUUUCGUCGGACGGGAUAUGUAAGCUCUUGAAGCUCGGAGGGUUGAACGAGAGCGAAGAUCGAGUUGCAGGGGGAUCAGAGGCUGCCAGAAGUGGACCCCUGCCCGUGGCGGUUGCAUCAAGCAAAGUCCUGGAGAUUUUCAAGUUGGCACUGCGCGCUGUGUUCGGAGGCCAGCAUGGUACCGGGUUCACUGAUGAGUUGCAGCGUGAGUUUGCAUUGUCGGUCGUGCCGUUUCUUUCCACAUCUGUGGAUCAUCAAAGUGGCAUGAUUAGUGUUCUGCGCAGUGAUCUAGCCAAACUGGUAAUGGGUGCCUAUCGGGAUCUACCUCCAGAUCUUUGUACUCCGAAUGAGGUGGCGACUACUCGUGCGCUGGUGACCUGUAUAUCGGUCGACAUAGAAUCGAUUGUGGAGCUCAUCAAUGAACUGCUGCCGGUAGUACCUUAUGGUGUGAGCCGAGUUUGGACCCGGAAAUCUUUAUGGGCUGUUGGGCGAAUCGUAGAAAUGACAGCAAUGCACGCUUCCAACCGUCCGUGGUUAUCAGAGGCGCUGGAGGGGAUAAGUGGUCAAAAGGCGGGAGCUGCAAGCUUGGUGCAGGUCAUGCGAGAAUCCUUUUCGCAACAGGAUGAUGCCACUCGCAGCUUUGCUGUUUGCGCAAUGCUCACGGCAAUACAGCAUAUAGUACAUGCGAAUGAGCGUGAAGAAUGGAUGCACUGGAUGGUGAGGUUACUGGACGUUAUGAUCAUGCAGUGUGCGGCGGCGGCCAUGGAUAAGACCGCGGGUGUAUGUGAUGCAGUUGAGGUGACGUGGGCGAAAGGACUGGCAGGAAUUGUACGUUUGUCAUCUGGUGUAGGAUUUGACACCAGCGAUUCUGAGAAGGCCGAGGACGAUAUAUCAGAUUUUAUAAUGAACUUCCAUUGCGGAGUAUGGGAAGUAAUUGAAUCCGAAAUGAUAGCCUCACUCCCGAGCCUUGUCCUUGCAAAUACUUUACCAGACUCGCUAAGGAGACAAAUCAUCAAACGCCUCAUUCGCCUGUUGGAAUGUACUGGGGCCAACUCUACAGUUGAGGGAAAACACCAGGCAAACAUGAAAACGGCGGGAAUAACGCUUUCACCGCACUGCCGCGAUGAAAUACGAGGUGUAGUGCUGCGAUUGCGAAACGGUGGCUCUGGGGGCAGUGGAAAAGAGUUGGUGCGGGAUGCAUGGGCGGAAAUCUGGGAAGAUGUAUGAGCUAAACAUGUGCAUAGUACAAUGCUCUAAUUUUCUAUUAAUAAUGAAAAAUGGGACCUGGGUAGAAAAUUGAUUUUCCG